AUGACUCUGACUUUGCCCAAAGACUCAGAAGAAGCGAAGGCGCUGGUGGGGUCUCUCCGAAGUCACGCUGAUAACAGAGUGUGUUUUGACUGCCUACAAAAAAAUCCAAGUUGGUGCAGUGUCACGUACGGCAUUUUCUUAUGUAUGGAUUGUUGUGGACGCCACCGUGGUAUGGGCGUCCAUAUUUCAUUUAUUCGAUCGGCCGAUCUCGACAGCUGGAGGCCGGAGGAGGCUCUUCGAAUGGCACUCGGGGGUAACGCGGCAGCCCGGGAGUUUUUCAAGCAACACGGUUGCAAUGAUUCCAAGAUGCGGUACACUUCUCCCGCGGCUCAACUGUACCGGAGGCGGAUCGACCGGCUCAUGGCGGAGUACAUGGGGGGGAGGAGAAUGGAGCCGCCCGCCGAGGGACCGAAUACGAUGUCGGCGGAAUCCUCCCCUGUGGAGAAUCGAAAGGACCUUGAGCCGACGACUACCGGUAGCCCAGUGGCGCAGCCCUCCGUCAUUUCCAUGGCACCCAAAACCGGAAAGAAGCCGGGCGCCGCCAAGAGAAAAGGUUUUGGCGGAGCACAAAAGGUGGAGGGAAACAUCAAGGAAAGCUCAGAUCCGGUCCCUCACUCCCUGCUUCAUGACGAGAGUAAGCUGGAGGACGAGGAUGAUGCGGAGCGGAAGACCUUUGUCCCAGGCGCGUUUUCUCCCGUGAAUCCGGCAGAUCGUUUCCGUGGAGUGGGCAACCCCGCAUUCCAAGCUGAAGCUCCGAGUUGUGACAGGAUGAACGGGCCGGAUUUUACGGGUCUGGGAUCGAGGCCGUACCAACCCCAGGCCACUCGUACAGAAGCUGGAGGUUUCCAGGACACAUUGUGGCAGGUGACCGAGGCCUGGGAUUCAUUUAAGGAAUCUGCAAACCGAUCCCGCAAAGAAUGGGGCAAUAGGGUGAGGGAGUUCUUGGAUGAUCUUUAA